GUGACGUGAUGAAUCAGCUGUUAUAUGUCAUAGUUAUCACCGCAAAAUUGUGGUAUUUACCCAACUCCGGAGCAGUUUUAUAUUUCUGGUUAUUAUUUGAAAUGUGACAAGUUAGAAAUUGAAAAUAAUAUGGAGCAAUUUCAUCUAACUUUAAACUAUGAAGGCGUAGACUACAAGGUCUGCGUUAAAGACCUUGAAACAGCCAAUUUACUUUUAAAUGGUUUGGCAUGAAAUUUUAGAUGCUGCUGCAGAGCAAUAUAUUUUAUCUAUGUGUCCAUUGGGGUCUCAGCAUGAGUACAAUGACUCCGAAAAUCUACCUCAGAAUGAUUUUCAAUCUAUGUGGUCUAUGCCCCACAAUGAAAAUGACUCGACCAUUCAACCAUCUAUUAAUGAUAUGAAAUGGACAAAGAAGAAGCCUUCUGAAAUAGAUAAUGACGCAACUCAUUUAAUGUUGUCCUUAAGAGAGGAAAAAAGUACUUACUUUGACGACAAAAGAGCUAGAAAACUUAAAUUGUGGAAUGACCUAGCAAAAGAGUUAGAGGAAAAUAAUUUCCAUCUUGGGAACAAAGGAGGAGAGCGGUGUCGUCAAAAGUUUGCGGAUUUGCAAAAAACUUAUUUAUAUUACAUGAAACAUCAAACUACAACAGGAAGUGAGAGAAUUGAUGACAUUCCUCCAUUCUAGGAUGCAAACAUAAGGAAAACCCAUUAAAUCUAGAGGAUUCAAUGGAUGAAACAUCAGAAAGUGUGAAAAAUGAAAUAGAACAGCAACAACCAGAUCAUACAGAUUCAGAGGAAACUCAAUUGGGUCCCUCAACACCAACACCAGUUAGCCGAUUUAAAAAAACUCGAAAGGGAACACCUUCUCGGCAUGAUGACUUGAUAAGAGAAAUGGAAAAGGAUAGAAAAAAUGUUUGCUUUCUGGUCACAUUGUCGCCUCGGUAAGGAGUAAUAAGCCAAGUUCUUAAUGCAAAUGCACUAUCACCAAUUAGGUGAUAUUUCUGAGUAUCCAAAAAGUAGAAGGUUGGCCCAUGUCUCUCAAUGUGUUUACUCAUAAUUGAAUUUUCAAAAACCUGAAAUUAAAGUAUAAAAGUAUAAAAAAAUAUUAAUGUUUUCCUAUAAUGUGUUGUAUACCAAAAUUUAACUGGUGCAAAGCUUUUUUCACUUCCUCUUUUAUACUAGUUUGAAGUUUUAUUUCAAUAUAAUA